AUGUCGCCGGAUGUUAUUUCCACCCUCGACGCAAUUCAGCCGAGCCAAUUCACAGCGCCAGCUGACCGCUUUGCUGCCAAAGAAGCAGCUCGUCGCCUUCUCGCCGCCUUGAGACGCCCUUUGAGCAAGGCUGGGCCAUCACCUUCGAGGGCCCCGGCCUUGUUGCCGGCCGCCGAUAGACAAAAUCCAGGCGCAGCAAGGACGCUUGACGAGCUUCUAAGCUGGGCUCAUACAACCUGCGAGCCGAAUCUGUUGCGUCGCUUUCUCAGGCACAUCGCUGCCCUUUACGUGAUCCAGGAGAUGGGCGUUGAUACAUGGCAGUCCACGCCCACCUCCUUGGCCCUGGGGGCCCAAGAGACGCAUGCUGGCGAAGUAAUCAAGGCUGGGGAGCUCAUAGGGACUGACUCGCAAUGCAGCUUGGAUCAUUCCAUUCCCUGCGGUCGUAACCACGCGCGCUUUCUGGCCAAGAAUGGCUACAAAGAGCCACUUGGCAUCUCUUCCUUUGACAACUACCGUGAUGUCUUCGGGCAGGACUUCUUUAACUACGUUCAAGAUCACCCCGAGGCGGGCGGCUCGUUCCAGGGCGUCAUGACAUCGUUGACUCAAUACAAGAUGAUCUGGACGGACGUCUAUGAUACCCAGCACCUCGUGGCAGGCGCCGACCUGACCAAGCCCCUUUUUGUCGAUGUUGGUGGCGCUCAAGGCUUCGACGCUCAACGCUUGCUGGACCGCCACCCCGACCUCCCUGUCGGCGUCCUCAUCGUUCAAGACCUGCCUGAAGUGGUCACCACUCAUGGCAAGGAGAAGCUGGACAGCCGAAUCCGCAAGAUGGCCCACGACUUCUUCCAGCCCCAGCCCAUCACCGGCGCGCGCGCCUACUUCUUCCACGCCGUGCCACAUGACUGGCCCAAUGCCGACGUGGCGCGCAUGUUUGCCGAGGUGAAGAAGGUCAUGACGCCAGGGUACUCCAAGCUGCUGAUCUAUGAAGUUGUGCUGCCUGCGCAAGGCGCUACGCACUUGAUGACAACGCUAGACCUAGCCUUGAUGAGCUGUACCAGCGGGCUGGAAAGGACGGAGGAGGCAUGGAGGGCGUUGUUGAAGGAAGGCGGAUUCAAGGUCACGAGCAUCUCUAGGCACCCCAUGGCUGUGGAGGGUGUCAUCGAGGCUGAGAUUGAAUAG